CGGUGGCGCGCGGAGUAUGUGUGUGAGUGGUUGGCGGGGGCGAGGGCGGCAAGGCAGCGGUUGGAGCCCCGAGAAGGAAAGGAAGGAGCAAGGCGGCUGUGGGUGCUGCUGCUGCUGCUGCUGCGAUGGCGCGGGUGUCGGUCCUGGGAGUGUCGCUGCUGGAGAACCCGAGCCCCUUCGGCCACCCGCUCCGCUUCCAGGUGCAGUUCGAGUGCGGAGAGGCGCUGCCCCACGACUUGGAGUGGAAGAUCAUCUAUGUGGGUUCUGCAGAGAGUGAGGAAUAUGACCAAGUUCUUGACUCAGUGUUGGUGGGACCUGUUCCAGCUGGGAGACAUAUGUUUUUGUUUGAAGCCAAUGCCCCCAAUCCUGAUCUGAUCCCUGAGAGUGAUGCUGUGGGAGUUACAGUAAUACUCAUCACUUGUACUUACCUGGGACAGGAAUUUAUCCGUAUUGGGUACUAUGUUAACAAUGAAUAUAUGGAUCCUGAGCUAAGGGAGAAUCCACCCCUCAAGCCAGACUUUUCCCAGCUGCAGAGGAAUAUCCUAGCCUCCAAUCCCCGCGUCACCCGCUUCCACAUCAACUGGGAUAGUCCUAGAGACCAGAUGGACAAUAUUGAAAAUGUAGACCCAGAGCCCGAUGGCUUCCUUCCUCCCAACUGUGCAUACAUCAAAGGGUUGGCCCCUUCCAUGGCUCUUCAGCCCGAGAAUUCCAUGGACUGUAUGUGACCCAAGACAAAGACCUAAGGACCUUGCGUAGAGAAGGCCAACUGAAACAUUUAUGUGGUAACUGGGGAUUUGGUUACCUGUGACCAGUGGAGAUGAAUAAAGUCCUAAAUGACACCUCUCUCUAAACAGACAUUUCAGAGCUCACUUCCUUCCUGUUGGGGUUAUGACAGGAAGGUUCUCCAUACUGUUUCUUAAUAGGGACUUGAACCCUCCUGCCAUUCCUGCUUGGCAAGCAUCUUGUCCAGGUGAGUGAAUAAACAAGAGCCCAUUGCCAUAUUUCCUGAAAUUGGGAGCAGUGUGGGCUGCCUUGAUGCUCUGAGCACCCAAAUUAUAAGAAUCUUAAUACAACAAGCACUUUCCUUUCAAAACAGUCUUUUGAUUUUAUCAUUCAAUUCCAUCAAAGAGCUAAGCCUUGGAAGAGUUGCUUCUGCCACAAAGCGGGGUUCUUUUCUUAGGAGCUAAUAUUCUUUCCCAGUUAUGCAGCAGUCCUGCAUAAGAGCUGUAACUUUCCUUUGUGGAGAUCUCUUGUUUUAUCUUGCACCUGCUGCUUUUUCUGCCACUAUCCCAAAAGAUGCCCUCUCUGAGCCCAAUCAGUUUGGUUAGGCAGUGAGUAAGUUUAGAAAUCCACUUGACAUCUCUUGCCUAUAGGAGUAUUGGACAGGAUUUUUUCAUGAAGUCUGCACCUGAGGUACUCUUGGUGUUGAUUGAUAUAUAAAGUCUUGUUUCCGCAAGUAUCCCUGUAAUUUUUUUGCCCUUAUUAGAAUGGCUUUUCAGAUAGGACAAAACUGUAUCUGCAUAAUUGAGGGUUUUAGCUUUCCUGCUGCUUCCUACUUUUCAGGGUUUUCUUGCCCUGUUUCUUUGCCUGCCUAUUUCUCUCACUGGCAUUAUAGAUAAUAUGUGCACUGCACACAGGUCUUUUUAAUUUGUUCACAUUGUGAAGUGACUGUCCUACCAAUAAAGCAUUUGGAAGAAA